AUUGCGCUAAGGGGUAAUAGAAAACGCCGUUACCUUCAAUAAAUUUGGUCUUUCAGAAUUUCCGUACUCUGAAAGAGAAGGACUGUCGAGUGUUUCCUGAUAGAGGUCAUAAAGAAAACAUAAGAAGUAGCGUGAGGUAUGGGUGGCGACCAUGGGCAUGGUAAACUGGUACUGCCAGAUUACAAGCAGUGGAAGGUGGAGGGGACCCCACUUGAAUUCACCAAGGAGAGACUGGCACGUAGGGGACUGAAGGAUCCCUGGGCACGGAAUGAAGCGUGGCGAUACAUGGGUGGCUUUGGCAAAGCUGUUACCUUCGGCAACGUCUUCCUGAGGGGGUUCAAAUACGGAUUUGCUGCAUUUGUAGUGGCCGUUGGAGUAGAGUAUGCCCUGUCUGCUGGGAAGAAGUCUGAGCACUGAAGCGCUGGUUUGACUGGUUUAACAGUCAGCGGGGCUGGAAAGAGAUGGAGCUUCCUCCUGUCUUCUUACUGGACUGUAGUGUUUUAUGUCUGUUCCAUCCUACUAUAUUGUCAAUAAGGUGGAAUUCAUCACAUUGUAUACAAGCCUGGAUCAAAGUGGCUGACACGUGGAAACUUUUGUCUUCAUUUAUGAAUAAAUAUUACUAAUUGUCA